UCAAAAUCCUCUAAGACUAAAAUUGAGAAGAUGUAACAACACAUGAAGCUGUUCAAGAUGAAGGAGAUAUUGAUGCUAUAUAAGGAAAUGGAAGAUAAAGUGACUAAUCCAGAGAAAGCUGAAGAAGCAAAAUUAAAAGCAAGGUAUCCUCACCUGGGACAAAAGCCUGGUGGUUCCGAUUUCUUAAGGAAACGAUUGCAGAAAGGGCAAAAAUAUUUUGAUUCUGGAGAUUACAACAUGGCUAAAGCAAAGAUGAAGAACAAGCAACUUCCUGCUGCAGCCCCGGAUAAGACAGAGGUCACUGGUGACCACAUUCCCACUCCACAGGACCUUCCUCAACGGAAACCAUCCCUUGUUGCUAGCAAGCUGGCUGGCUGAUUAAAAGAGCUGAACUGCAUGAAUCUUCUAAUUCCCAUUGUUUUUCCUUAAUAUGUCACUCCCCGCUUUUUAUUUCCUUCCACUCACAAAGUCAUUUGAGAGUGACAGCUUUGCAGGUAGUGGUAGUGUGUGCUACUAUUGUAAGGGAAGAUACAUGUAAGAGUUUUUGAUUAGUUUAACAGUGCACUGAUGAAGAGAACAUGUUAGAGCAGCAUAAAGUAAUCUACUUGAAAAUAAUUGUAUAUAUUACCUAACUGCUAGUGUAGGGAGGUCCUAACAACUACGAAGCAAGUUUUACAAUUUUAAUGUUUUGGCUUUCUUUACUUCAUCCUAAUUAUAGCUUUGUAGGUUACUCUUAUUUAAUUAACCUCUAUUGUAUUGAUUUCUUUGUUAUCUUCCUUUUGGAUUUUAUAAACAGAAGUUUAAGACCACAAGUUGGACGAAAAGUCACAUAUUUCAAACACAAAUAGAUGGGGCUCCAAAAGAUUUGUAUUUCUGUGCUUGGACUUGAAUGGCCUUAAACCUGUUUCAGCUUUAACAAUAGAAGUUUACUUGGGCAAUAUUUGCCCAUUCUGGUGUAACUUAUGUGACGCUAGUGCUUAACAACUGCCGUUGAAGCUAAUAUUCUUCUUCAGUUCUAUAGUUAGAAUACCUUUUGUUGUUAAAGAUAUGAAUGAAGUAUGCAUGUGCAUCGACUGUUGAAUUCACUUUUGUGCCAUUUUUGUAAAUACAAUAGUUUUGCACAACCUCUCACAAAUGUCUGUAUUAAUUUCAUAUAUUAGAAAGUAGAUGAUGUGCCAACCAGAAGCACAAAAGUUCCUACACAAAACUCUGUAUGUCAUUAGAGCUUUUGUAUAGUAAGAGUAGUUUACAAUCCUGGGCUUAUAGAAUACCAAACUGACAUCUUUGCUCAGUCUGCCAUAGACAAGCUUUUUCAUUUGUUAUUAAUAUCCAUGACAUUCAGUGGCCUUGUGCAAAUAUGAUAUGUUGCUUAGGCAUAUCUUUUGUCCUAUGCAGAACAUUUCAUUUUGACUUUUAGGGAAAUUGCAAUUCAUGUAAUUUAUAUAAACUUUUAAAUGUAGAAACUUUUUACUUCCACAGUCAGUUUUGGGGACACUAAAAUAAAAGGCUUCAAAGCUCUGCCUCCUGUGGCCCCUCCCUUCUUUUUUUUUCUUGCUUCUUUGACUCAAAUAUUGGGCUGUGCUGUUCAGUCUGUUCGGAAGCAUAAUGUCUAUAUCCUAACUCUUGAAACUUGCUCUGCUGAAUGCUGGAUUUUAUAAUGAUGUUUUCCUUAACAACAUUUUAGUUAACCAUUGUUAUUGCUAUAUUAUUAGUAUUUGACAGUUUCAGUAAAAGGAACUUUAUAAUGAAACAAGUUCUUGAGAAGACUGGCCCGAGAACCUAUGUCAGGAUGAGCUGAACUCUGGUAAAUAAUUUUAAGGAAUUCUGAUGAGCUAAGUGAAUUAAGCUUGUGACGAUUAAUGUACAUGAUAGGUGGAACAUACUCAUACUAAAAUAUUUAGAUGUCUUGCUUCUAUAGAUGUCACUUUAAUAAAAUAUCAAUUUAUUUUUACUUGUGUUUUUAUCUAAUUAGUAAGAACUUCAACAGACUUUAUUAGGACAAAUUUACUGCUCUUAUAGGAACUCUUCCCAUAAGUCGUUGUAAUGUUCUAGUGUGAUGAGGAUCAGUAAUCAGAUGAUACUAUUUUUCUCUUCAUCCUUGACUUGCACAGGGCCACCCUUCUUUUGGGUCCAGGCACCUAAAUCAUCAUAGAUGGUGCUUUGAGUAUAGCACCUGCACUUAAAGACAGCCUAACGCUCUGAGGAAAGCUCACUGAUUAUCUUUGUGCUCUACCCACCCCAAAAAGCAGAAAUGAACAAAAUCAGUAAUGUGUUAAUUUGUAAUUUUAGGAAAUGGGAACAAGUAGGAUAUUCCACAAUACCUAUAAUUAUUGCAGGAUCGAUUUAAGAAUUACAAAAUAGUGCUGACUUUGGCGCACAUACACUAAAAUUGGAAAAAUAGAGGUUAGCAUGGUCCCUGUGUAAGAAUGACAAGCAAAUUCAUGAAUAGUUCCAUGUUUAAAAAAAAAAAUUACAAAAUACUCCAAAGUAGAAAUUCUGCAAUAUCUAGUUUUUUAAAAUGUUUAUGUGCAAGCUAUCACCAUUAAAUCUAUGCAUCAGAGAUGAAUCUGAAAGAUCAGAGAGACCGUAUUAUUCUUGACCAUGAUAGCACUCCUGCUGUGAUUUGUGACAAGUGAUGUAACGUCUGCCUGAGUUUUAGUUUGUAAAAUACAAAGCUAAUAUUUAACCUACCUCAAAACUUGAGGAUCUGUGAAAUACUGAAUAAGUGCCCAAAAUAAAAUAUUGUUGAUUGUC